AGGAGCCAUGUUGCCAUGGUGCUUGGUGCCACUUUGUCCUCUUGGGGCAAUAAAGGCGCCCAUUGCCUUGAGUAGAGUGCAGGCACGAUAGCAGCAGGGGACAGAAGCUCACCUUCAGGAGCAGGAUCCAGACGUGCCUCAGCCCUCCACCCAAAAAUGCCAAAGCCCUUGCAGCCCCUCUCGCUCCUGGUCCUGCUUGUCCUCGCUGCCACCACCCAGGGACAGACUGACACGGGCCCCAAGGUGCUGCAGCCAUGGCUCAUUGGCCUCACGGCCGUCGUCGUCUUCCUCUUCAUCGUCUUCUUGAUGCUGCUCGUGAACCGGCUCUGGAAUCUCAGGAGGCACAGGAAGGAGGACGACCAGCCGGAGACCCUGGCAGCUGACAGGCUGGGGCGCUCCGGCCACGUCAACCCGGCUGCGGAGUUGGAUGAGCUGAGCGACGACAAGCAGCAGAGCAAGGCCACGUCCCUCUGAGUCCCCCCCGUGCCCCUCUGCCCGCGCCGG